ACUUCUCAUUCUAACUCAUCAACUUUCUUUCUCAAAGCUCUUCAUUUUUUUUAUUCUAAUUAAGCUCCAGUAAUCAUGUCAUCAAGGCAAAAUAAUAGUGAAGAAGAGAUCACCAAAGUUGAAGAAGGCUUGUAUACUGUUGGCGACAAGGAUGAGGAUUCUGCAUUUUUAUCUGUCUCUAUAAUCACACUUAUGCAAAAGUUCCUUGCUGAGGCAAUUGGAACAUUCUUUGUGAUAUUUGCCGGAUGUGGAGCAGUAGCGGUGAACAAGUUAUAUGGAUCAGUCUCAUUUCCAGGGAUUUGCAUCACUUGGGGUUUGAUUGUUAUGGUGAUGGUUUAUUCUGUUGGUCACAUUUCCGGUGCUCAUUUUAAUCCAGCUGUCACCAUUGCAUUCGUCGUUCUUCGACGAUUCCCAUUAAAACAUCUACCAUUUUAUCUCGUAGCACAAGUAUUGGGAUCUAUAUUAGCAAGCGGGGUACUGUUUUUGCUGCUGAAUCCUAAAGCUGAACAUUUCUACGGAACAGUUCCAGUUGGAACACCUAUGCAAUCCUUUGUCAUUGAAAUCAUAAUAUCAUUUCUCCUAAUGUUUGUUAUUUCUGGGGUUUCGACAGAUAAUCGCGCCAUCGGAGAACUUGCUGGAAUUGCUGUUGGAUCCACAAUAUUAUUGAAUGUCCUUGUUGCAGGGCCAGUAUCAGGAGCAUCAAUGAACCCUGCGAGGAGCAUAGGGCCGGCUAUUGUGAUGCACAAUUACAAGGCAAUUUGGGCAUAUAUUUUUGGACCACUGAUAGGUACUCUAGCUGGAGGCUUCACAUACAAUCUCAUCAGAUUCACAGAUAAACCAGUUCGUGAGCUCACAAGAACCGGCUCAUUUCUCAACAGCAUGUCAAGGAAAAACAAUGAGUAGAUAAUGGAUGCAACUUCUUAUCAGAUCUUGUAUUUAUCGCACGAGAGUUUCUUUUUCUUUUUCAUAAAGCUGAUAUUUUUCUGUCAAUUUUCUUAUGAAAAGCUACUGCUUUUAAAAAGUAUAAUAUUUCUUUUCGCUUGAAAAA